CUGCUUCUCAGUCAAGUAGUCAGGCAAAGUCAGCUGUUAAUUUUCAGUGAGUUGGUGUCGCACCCGACCAUCCGUGGCUUCUGGGUUUGUAGCCACGCUCGCUUUGGCUGCCACUCUAGCUCUCAUCCAAGUCUCGCCAAGCUCCGCAAAGCAAGCAGGUUUCUCGUGAAGCCUAAGCAUGGCGAAAUCCAAGGCGAUCCUCGUGCUGAACGCCGGGAGCUCGUCUCUCAAAUACGCGCUGUACGAGUUCGCCGAUGCGGUGAAGGCGAAGCUGGCGGUGUCGGGCCUGGUGGAGCAGAUCGGCACUCCCAAGGGCGUCAUCACGCACAAGGCGCUCGCGACCAACCAGACCGUCCACGAGAAAGCGGUGUUCAGCGACCACAAGGAGGCCAUGUCGCACGCGCUGAGCCUGAUGGGCAUCAGCAAGGGUAGCAGCGCGGUGACGGCAGUGGGGCACAGAGCGGUGCACGGCGGUGAGGAGAUCAACCGCUCGUGCAUCAUCACGGAGCACGUGAAGGACGUGCUCAAGAAGUUCACGCCGCUCGCGCCACUGCACAACCCGCCUAACCUCCAGGGCAUGGAGGUGGCGCAGGAGCUGCUGGACUGCCCGCAGGUGGCGGUGUUCGACACGGCGUUCCACAGCACCAUCCCCCCCCACGCGUACACCUACGCCCUGCCGUACCGGCUGUACAAGGAGCUGGGCAUCCGGCGCUAUGGCUUCCACGGCACCAGCUACAUGUACCUGCUCAGGGAGACGGCCCGGCAGCUGGGGAAGAAGGAGAGCGAGGUCAACAUGAUCACGCUGCACCUGGGGGCCGGAGCCAGCAUGGCGUGCAUCAAGGAGGGGAAGUGCAUUGACACCACCAUGGGAGUGACCCCCCUGGAAGGCCUUGUGAUGGCCACUCGGUGCGGCGACAUCGACCCAGCCAUCCCCAAGAUCCUCUCGGAUCUGCAGGGCCUCUCCCCCCCUCAAAUCGACUCCCUCCUCAACAAGGAGUCUGGCCUGGUUGGAAUCUGCGGGGACAAGGACAUGAAGGCGGUAGUGGACCGCACUGAGGCUGCUGAAGCUACAUGCAUACCGGCAGGGGAUGAUCUGGAAGGGGGCGGCCGGCACCGGCUUGCUCUGGAGGUGUUUGUUCACCGCGUGAGGAAGUACCUGGGGGCGUAUCUGGUGCAGCUGGGAGGGAAGGUGGAUGCGAUUGUGUUCAGUGCGGGGAUUGGGGAGCGAUCGGCGCCAGUACGGGCCCGAGUUUGUGCAGGAAUGGAGGCGUUUGGGAUUGAGGUGGAUAAGGCGAGGAAUGAGGAGGGGAAGGGUGCUCGGGAGAUUUCAGUGGCUGGGUCGAAGAUCAAGGUGAUGGUUGUGCCGACUGAUGAGGAGCUCUGCAUUGCGCAGGAGACUCUGCGUGUGGUUAACGAAGCUCGGAAGGAAGAGUAGGUAUAUGGUCAUUAACGAAUAAACACUUGAAAUUCUUUCCUUGACAUGCGAGUUUAGUAAGGUUCUUGAUA